AUGGGCUGGACGACAUGUAGACCUGAUUUUAAGCUUCUUGGUGACGUGAUAUCGGUUGCUGAAUUGCAUUUUAUUUUUGUUGAUAGAAAAACACGGUCUAUAUUGGGCGAUAAGGGCGCUCGGACGCACAGAGGGGGCUGCGGCGCGCACAAAACGGCGCGGGGAGGGGGCCGGGGCGGGGCGGAGAAGAGUGCCAAAAAUGAGAGGCUCUCUAUCCCUUCCUUCCUAAUUCUCAACCGCCCAUCUGGGUCCACAGGCUGCGUUGCACGCAUUUUCCCUCUCUAUCUUCUCUCUAAUUCUCUAUUCAUGUACCUCACGUCGCGUCCUGCAAUAAUGUCUGCCCCUGAAGCUGCUGCCGCCCCCGUCGCUGCCCCCGCCCCCGCCGUUGAGGAGGUCAAGCCUGUAGAGCCUGCUGCCCCCACCCCUGCUGUUGAGGAACCCGCUGCUCCUAAAGCUGAGGAGCCUGCUGCUACUCCCGCCGCUGAGGCCACUCCCGCCGCUGCACCCACCACCGAAGCUGAGGCACCUGCUGCCGCUGCUGACGCCGCUCCUGCUGCUACCGAGGAGCCCGCCAAAGAGGAGAGCAAACCUGCAGAGGCCGAGAAGAAAGAGGAGAGGCCCAAGAGCCCCGGUCUGCUCGCUAAGCUCCUUGCCCCCUUCAAGGAUGGCAAGACGAAGGUAGAGAAGAAGGCCAAGGCGCCAAAGAGCCCUAAGAAAGAGAAGAAGAAGGAAGAAGCCGAGGCUCCUGCCACUGAGGAAGCCGCCGCUAAGGAGGAGCCUGCCGCUGAGGCCCCCGCUGCCGAGGCCGCCAAGGAGGAGCCCGUUGCCGAACCCGUCAAGGAGACCGAGACCGCUGCUCCCGCCGCCGCCGAGGCCCCUGCUGAGGCCCCAGCCGCUGAGGAGGAUAAGAAGGAGGAAAAGAAAGAGGAGAAGAAGGAAGGCAAGGCCCUCAAGGUCAGCCGCCGACUCUCUGCCCGCGUUGGUGACUUCUUCAAGGGCAAGCCCAAGCCCGAAGUCGCCGCCCCCGCCAAGGUCGAUGAGCACCCACCUAAGAUCGAUGAGCCUGCCCCCGUUGCACCCCUCGAGAACCCCGCUUCCGAGCCCGCUACUGAGGCUGCUGCUGCGACCAAGCCCGAAGAGCCUGCGAAGCCUGUUGAGGCCGCUCCCGUGGCUGCACCCGUUGUUGCGGCUGCAGCUUAA